GGACCAGGGUCUCAGCUUCGAUCCAUCCGAACCCUAGUCUGCCCAGAGGGAGCUCAGACCGGCCCACGCCACCGACAACCCAACAGGCUUCAGAUCACAUCAGCACAGGGUCACAGAGCCCUCUUGAAGCUAACCUGAUACAGGAGGAGCCAAGCAGCCGUAAUCAUGGGAGAUGCUCUGAUGGCCGAGUUUGGGGCGGCCGCCCCUUUCCUGAGGAAGUCGGACAGGGAGCGCUUGGAGGCUCAAACCCGGGUGUUUGACAUGAAGAAAGAAUGCUUCGUGACGGACCCGGACGUGGAGUUUGUGAAGGCCAGGAUCAGCUCGAGGGACGGGGACAAAGUCACCGCGGAAACCGAGUUCGGAAAGACCGUUACUGUCAAAGAGAUUGACGUCCAUCCUCAGAACCCGCCCAAGUACGAUAAGAUUGAAGACAUGGCGAUGUUCACCUUCCUCCACGAGCCGGCCGUGCUGUUCAACCUCAAGGAGCGCUACGCCGCCUGGAUGAUCUACACCUACUCAGGGCUGUUCUGCGUGACCGUCAACCCCUACAAGUGGCUGCCGGUGUACAACCAGUCAGUGGUCGACGCCUACAGAGGCAAGAAGAGGAGUGAAGCUCCUCCCCACAUCUUCUCCAUCUCCGACAAUGCCUACCAGUACAUGUUGUCAGACAGAGAAAAUCAGUCCGUUUUGAUCACUGGAGAAUCCGGUGCUGGGAAGACUGUGAACACCAAGAGAGUCAUCCAGUACUUUGCCAGUAUCGCUGCUGUUACUGGAAAGAAAGAAACUGCAGGCUCUGAGAAAAAGGGGACCCUGGAGGAUCAAAUCAUCCAGGCUAACCCUGCUCUGGAGGCUUUUGGGAAUGCCAAAACCAUCAGGAACGAUAACUCCUCUAGAUUUGGUAAAUUCAUCCGAAUCCAUUUUGGCAUCAGUGGAAAGCUGUCAUCGGCUGACAUUGAAACUUAUCUUCUGGAGAAGUCUCGUGUGACCUUCCAGCUGAAGGCUGAGAGGGACUACCACAUCUUCUACCAGAUCCUGUCUCAAAGGAAACCGGAGCUCCUUGAGAUGCUGCUAAUCACCAACAACCCGUAUGACUACCAGUUCAUUUCCCAAGGACAGACAACGGUAGCUUCUAUAGAUGAUAGGGACGAGCUAGUAGCCACUGAUGAUGCCUUUGAUGUGCUGGGUUUCACCCAAGAGGAGAAAAACGGCAUUUACAAGUUGGUGGGAGCCAUCAUGCACUAUGGGAACAUGAAGUACAAGACGAAGCAGAGAGAGGAGCAAGCAGAGGCAGACGGCACCGAGGAUGUUGACAAAGCUUCAUACCUGAUGGGUCUGAACUCAGCUGAUGUCAUCAAGGGACUGUGUCACCCGAGGGUGAAAGUAGGAAAUGAGUGGGUCACAAAAGGCCAGAGUGUGCAGCAGGUGUACUACUCCAUUGGUGCACUGUCCAAGUCAGUGUACGAGAAGAUGUUCAACUGGAUGGUCGUGAGGAUCAAUCAGACUCUGUACACCAAGCAACCUCGCCAGUACUUCAUCGGUGUGCUGGACAUCGCUGGGUUUGAGAUCUUUGAUUUCAACACGUUUGAGCAGCUGUGCAUCAACUUCACUAAUGAGAAGCUGCAGCAGUUCUUCAACCACCACAUGUUUGUCUUGGAGCAAGAGGAGUACAAGAAGGAAGGAAUUGUUUGGGAGUUCAUUGACUUUGGAAUGGACUUGGCAGCUUGUAUUGAGCUUAUUGAAAAGCCCAUGGGUAUCAUGUCCAUCCUUGAAGAGGAGUGCAUGUUCCCCAAAGCCAGUGAUGCGACGUUUAAAGCCAAGCUGUACGACAAUCACCUUGGAAAGACUCCCAACUUCCAGAAGCCCAGGGUUAUUAAGGGAAGACCGGAGGCCCAUUUCUCCCUGGUCCACUACGCUGGUGUGGUUGACUACAACAUUGGUAACUGGCUGGUGAAGAACAAGGACCCGCUCAACGAGACUGUGGUCGGGCUCUACCAGAAGUCCAACCUGAAGCUGCUGGGAGUGCUGUUCGCUGGCUACUCCGGGUCAGACUCAGAUGCGGCAGACAAAGGUGCAGGAAAGAAGAAAAAGGGUUCCUCCUUCCAGACGGUGUCUGCCUUACACAGGGAGAAUCUGCACAAGCUCAUGACCAACCUGAAGUCUACACACCCUCACUUUGUCCGCUGCCUCAUCCCCAACGAGACCAAGACUCCUGGGGCCAUGGAGAACCCCCUGGUGAUGCACCAGCUGCGCUGCAACGGAGUGCUGGAGGGCAUCAGGAUCUGCAGGAAGGGCUUCCCCAACAGGAUCCAGUACGGGGACUUCAAACAGAGAUACCGUAUUCUGAAUCCCACUGCCAUUCCAGAGGGGCAGUUCAUUGACAACAAGAAGGCAUCAGAAAAACUGCUGGGCAGUCUUGACAUUGACCAUGAACAGUACCGAUUUGGACACACCAAGGUGUUCUUCAAAGCUGGUCUUUUGGGUGUUCUUGAGGAGAUGAGAGACGACCGUCUUACCCUCAUCAUCACUGGAGUUCAAUCACGAGCACGUGGAAUACUUGCUCGACUUGAGUUCCAGAAAAUCGUUGAGCGCAGGGAUGCCUUACUGGUGAUCCAGUGGAAUGUACGGGCCUUCAUGGGGGUCAAGAACUGGCCCUGGAUGAAGAUGUACUUCAAGAUCAAGCCUCUGCUGAAAUCAGCUGAGAAUGAGAAGGAGAUGGCAAACAUGAAGGAAGAAUUCCUCAAGCUAAAGGAAGCGUAUGCCAAAUCUGAGGCCCGCAAGAAGGAGCUGGAAGAAAAGAUGGUCUCACUUCUCCAAGAGAAGAAUGACCUGCACCUCCAAGUCCAAACUGACCAAGACACUCUCUCUGAUGCAGAGGAGCGCUGUGAGGGUCUGAUCAAGAGCAAGAUCCAGCUGGAGGCCAAAUCCAAAGAGCUGACCGAGAGGCUGGAAGACGAAGAAGAGAUGAACUCAGAAUUGACUGCUAAAAAGAGGAAGCUGGAGGAUGAGUGUUCAGAACUUAAGAAAGACAUCGAUGACUUGGAGCUCACUCUGGCUAAAGUAGAGAAGGAGAAGCAUGCCACUGAGAACAAGGUUAAAAACCUGACCGAGGAGAUGGCCGCGCUGGAUGAGAUCAUCGCCAAGCUGACUAAAGAGAAGAAGGCUCUUCAGGAGUCUCACCAGCAGACAUUGGAUGACCUGCAGAGUGAGGAGGACAAAGUCAACACUCUGACCAAGGCCAAAUCCAAGCUGGAACAGCAGGUUGACGACCUUGAAGGAUCCCUAGAACAAGAGAAGAAGAUAAGGAUGGACCUUGAGAGAGCCAAGAGAAAGCUGGAGGGAGACCUAAAGCUGACCCAAGAGAGUUUGAUGGAUCUGGAAAAUGAUAAGCAACAAUUGGAGGAGAGGCUCAAAAAGAAGGACUUUGAGGUUAGCCAGCUCAACAGCAAGAUUGAGGAUGAACAAGCAAUGAGUGCUCAGCUCCAGAAGAAACUGAAGGAGCUUCAGGCCCGCAUUGAAGAGCUAGAGGAGGAACUGGAGUCGGAGAGGGCUGCCCGGGCCAAGGUGGAGAAACAGAGGGCAGACCUGUCCAGAGAGCUGGAGGAGAUCAGUGAGAGGCUGGAGGAGGCCGGCGGGGCCACGUCGGCUCAGAUUGAGAUGAACAAGAAGAGGGAGGCCGAGUUCCAGAAGAUGCGGCGGGACCUUGAAGAGGCCACGCUGCAGCAUGAAGCUACUGCUGCCACCCUGAGGAAGAAGAAUGCAGACAGCGUGUGUGAUCUGGGGGAGCAGAUUGACAACCUGCAGAGAGUCAAGCAGAAGCUGGAGAAGGAGAAGAGUGAGUUCAGACUAGAGCUGGAUGAUGUUUGCUCCACCAUGGAGCAGGUCGCCAAAGCCAAGACCAACUUGGAAAAGAUGUGUCGCACUUUGGAGGACCAGAUGUUAGAAUACAGGACAAAAUCCGAGGAAGGGCAACGAACCAUCAAUGAUUUCAGUAUGCAGAAAGCAAAGCUUCAAACUGAAAAUGGUGAACUGUCCAGGCAGCUUGAAGAGAAGGUUUCUCUCGUCUCCCAGUUGACCAGAGGGAAGCAGUCCUACACCCAGCAGGUUGAAGACCUCAAAAGGCAACUGGAAGAGGAAGUCAAGGCGAAGAACGCGCUCGCCCAUGCAGUGCAGUCUUCUCGACACGACUGUGACUUGCUGAGGGAGCAGUUUGAAGAGGAGCAGGAGGCCAAAGCUGAGCUCCAGCGCGGAAUGUCCAAGGCCAACACUGAGGUGGCUCAGUGGAGAACCAAGUAUGAAACGGAUGCCAUCCAGCGCACUGAGGAGCUGGAGGAGGCAAAGAAAAAGCUUGCGCAGCGUCUGCAGGAUGCAGAGGAAGCUGUGGAAGCGGUCAACGCUAAAUGCUCCUCCCUUGAGAAGACUAAACACAGGCUUCAGGGUGAGAUUGAAGAUCUCAUGGUGGAUGUGGAAAGAUCAAAUGCUGCGGCUGCCGCUCUGGACAAGAAGCAAAGAAACUUUGACAAGGUCCUGGCUGAGUGGAAGCAGAAGUUUGAGGAGUCCCAGUCGGAGCUGGAGAGUUCCCAGAAGGAGGCCAGGUCGAUUGGGACUGAGCUCUUCAAACUCAAGAACUCUUAUGAAGAAUCUCUGGACCAUCUGGAGACCAUGAAGAGGGAGAACAAAAACCUCCAAGAGGAAAUCUCUGACCUGACUGAGCAACUCGGCGAGGGCGGAAAGAACAUUCAUGAGCUGGAGAAGAUCCGCAAACAGCUGGAGCAGGAGAAGGCUGAGAUACAAACUGCUCUGGAAGAAGCUGAGGGGUCUCUCGAGCACGAGGAGGGCAAAAUCCUUCGGGCUCAGUUGGAGUUCAACCAGGUGAAGGCUGAGAUUGAGCGCAAACUGGCCGAGAAGGAUGAAGAGAUGGAGCAGUCCAAACGCAAUCAGCAGAGAGUGGUGGACACUCUUCAAAGCUCCCUGGAGGCUGAGACUCGCAGUAGGAACGAGGCCUUCAGAAUCAAGAAGAAGAUGGAGGGUGAUCUGAAUGAGAUGGAGAUCCAGCUCAGUCAGGCCAAUAGGCAGGCGGCUGAAGCUCAGAAGCAGCUCAAGGCUGUCAGUUCUCACCUGAAGGACUGCCAGUUGCAGCUCGAUGAUUCCCUACGUGCCAUUGACGAUCUGAAAGAGAACAAUGCCAUCGUGGAGAGACGCAACAACCUUCUGCAAGCCGAACUCGAUGAGCUGAGAUCUCUGGUGGAACAGACUGAGAGAGGUCGUAAACUGGCUGAGCAGGAACUGCUGGACGUCAGUGAGCGAGUACAGCUUCUCCACUCUCAGAACACUAGUCUGCUGAACCAGAAGAAGAAGCUGGAGGGCGACACAGCUCAGCUUCAGAAUGAAGUUGAAGAGGCUGUGCAGGAGUGUAGGAAUGCCGAAGAGAAGGCCAAGAAGGCCAUUACUGAUGCUGCCAUGAUGGCAGAGGAGCUGAAGAAGGAGCAGGACACCAGUGCUCACAUGGAGCGCAUGAAGAAGAACAUGGAACAGACCAUCAAGGACCUCCAGCACCGCCUGGAUGAAGCUGAGCAGAUUGCUAUGAAGGGCGGAAAGAAGCAGGUCCAGAAACUGGAGGCCAGGGUGCGGGAGCUGGAAACUGAGGUCGAACUUGAGCAAAGGAAGAGCAGCGAUGCCAUUAAAGGAGUCCGUAAAUAUGAGAGACGCAUCAAGGAACUUACCUAUCAGACUGAGGAAGAUCGCAAGAACUUGGCUCGUCUGCAGGACCUGGUGGACAAACUCCAGCUGAAGGUCAAAUCCUACAAGAGGACGUCCGAGGAGGCAGAGGAACAAGCAAACAGCCACUUGGGGAAGCUCCGCAAACUGCAGCAUGAGAUGGACGAGGCGGAGGAGAGGGCUGACAUCGCCGAGUCCCAGGUCAACAAGCUGAAGGCCAAGAGCAGGGAUACCGGUCCUAAGAAAGGACACGACGAAGAGUGAGCCUGCGGCACGGUUCAGCACAGCUCCUGACGGCAGGUCCUCCUUUACACUCAAUGCCGAGUGUGUGUGUGUGUGUGUGUGUGUGUUUGUGUGUGUGUGAAAGAGCACGUGAAGCAGGAUGCAGAUCACCUGCAUUCUGCUUCACACGUCCUGUCUUUUCACUGUAUACAAAAUAAAAAAUAGAGCAGAAUGCAAACCCCACGUUCAUGUACUGUCUUUUC